CACAGCCUCACGCCAGACGCCACCCGCCACCCGCAACCGGUGACCGUCCGCCGUUUCUCACGAGUCACGUCCCUGCUGCUCACGUCGGUCUCUACAUAACGAUCUUCCGCUUGACGACUACACAAUGGACAUCGACUUUGACGACCUUGAUGGUCCGUCAAAGGCUCCGGUGACGAAGGCUGGGAAGUUCGCCCCUAAAAACUCCAAGUUUAAACCAGCUGCUAAACCCAAGCGUGAACAAAAAUUAUCGGUUCCGUUACCGGAAUCGAAUCCUGUCACCAUUCCCAAGGUUGAGUUAGAUGAUUCAAAGCCGCCUCAGCAGGAGCCACCAUCGAUUGACUCAAUUUACUCCAAGACUGAAAUGGACCAACCCUUGCACACUGAUCCUACUUCCCAUGAUGCUAACGGUAGUGUGAAAAUGGAUGCUGAUGCUACGGAAAUGGAAAUAGAUAAUGAGCAGGAACCAGAUGAUGGGGAUCGAGUUGUUCGAGAAAUUGAUGUUUUCAUUACCUCUUCAGUUGAUGCUGAUUCUAAGGUAUAUGUCUUGCAAUAUCCUUUGAGGCAAAGUUGGCGGCCUUAUGAACUAGAGGAGAGGUGUGAGAAGGUUCGGGUGAAACCAGAAACUGCUGAAGUGGAGGUUGAAAUGUCUGUUCAAGUUGAUUCCGAAAAUUUUGAUGCUGAUGCUGAUGACAAAGCAAUGUCAAAGCAGGUAUUAUCAUCUUCAUGGAAGCCACCACCAGCAAAUGGUUAUGCUGUCGGGAUUCUGGUGGGCAAUGAGUUGCACCUCAACCCUGUUCAUGCAGUUGUGCAGCUCCGGCCGUCAAUGCAACAUCUUCAACAUCCAUCGAAGAAGAUGAACGCAACUCGUGAUGAGGACAUGAUUGAUUCGGCAGACAUCAAGAGUGAAAAAGCUAUAAAGCAACCCAAGAAACAAAGCAAGCCACCAGGACCUGUCAAUGAGCAAAAUGAAAAUACUAAAGAGCAGUGGAUUCCUCUCAAGUACCAUGGUGCAGCGAGUGAACUGUCAGAUACAUACAUCGGAAAGAUGGUUGCACAACCAACCUCUCAAAUACAAUUUUCCAUGAGCCCGUCUGAUUAUAUUGACUCCUUAUGUCCUGCCACUUCAAAUGACAAACUCAGAUCCAAAGGUCCAUCUAGAAGUUCUUUGCUCAAACUUCCGCUAGAAGAGCGUUACAAGACUUGGCUUUCUGAGGGUCCUCCGGUACAUCGAUUUACCGCUCUUAAACACCUAGCUCCGAAUGACAAUGAUGCAGAUAUUUUCAGAGUUCUCCAGAGUCAUGCACAAUUAGUUCAAGGAUUGUGGGUUGCAAAAAGUAAACUGAAAUAUAAGAAAGAUGUAGGAAAGGAAGUUCUGCUCAGAAAUUAUGUACUGCUUCAGUUUAGCAAAAAUCCCCUUUUUAAUGAAAUGCAGCUACCUAAAAUACCUUCAUUCAGCGAAACAAUUAAAGGCAUAUUGGAUGAAUUUGCAACAAGAAGAGAUUCUUGCAGGGAUUGGAAAUUUAAAGAGUGUCCAGAUGUUUCAUUUAUAAAAGAUUAUCCCGAUGUUGUUCAAGCACAAAAGAAUAUUUGGGAUCUCGUGGAGCCACAAAUAAACGAGUUUAUAUUUCGGCAGAGCUCGAAACAUAGUAUUGGGGAUAGGCGGGCUACAUCAAAUAGUACCAAUGAUGUUGUACCAAAAACCACUAACGUGCCACCUUCUAGGACACCGAUGCUAGAUGAAGCUCGAGAAGCAUUACCAAAGGCCCUUCAGAAAGUUUUUCAAGCUUACAAGGUUUGCAGCUUGAACCAAAUACGCCAAAGAUUGCGGGAUAUGGCAGUCUCGGAGAACACACACCGGAAGGGGACUCGAGAGGCGAGAGCUGCAGCUGCAGCUGCAGAUGCUCCUCAGGAGGAGCUUCAGAAAACCUUAAAUCAAGUUGCCGUUAACAUACAUGGGUCCUUUGUUUCAAGAUCAUCGCCAGAUCAUCCUCAAUACGAUGAAUUAAGGAAUAUUGUCAUCAACCUUUUUCUUGCUGAAGGACCCAAAGGGAGGCUAAAAAAGGCCUCCAUCUAUGCAGCUGCAAGUGUGAAGCUGAAUAGGGAAAUAACUAAUGUUGAGUAUCAAAAGGUGUUGAAUGAACUGUGCAUUUCACAAAAUUCUGCAUGGAUCUUGAAAAGUGGGGAUAGUCCAACAUAAAGAUGUAUUUUUCUCAUCUGGUGUCGGGUUGAACCAUGUUAUCGCUGGUGUUCUUCUGCAACAAUUCAAAUGAUUUUUUUCCCAGGAGUAAAUACGGUUACUUUACUAGUCGUAGUAAUAGUAGUAGUAGUAGGGAUGUUCGUGCUGCAGUUUGGGGCUAAACAACAAACCUUAUUGCCUAUCUACAAGUUGAGGAGUUACUUACAGAGGUAACAAAGUUUUUGAAGUUUUGAAAGAGAAUUGGUUAAAAAUAGCUAUUUUGAACAA